UUGGUUGAUAGUGUGUUUUAUUCCUGCAGCUCAAUCAAUGCAUGCUUUGCUAGCCGGAUCUAUAAACGUGGUACACUCGGUUAUCUAGCAAGGUUAUUUAGUAGGCUCUCUGCCACUGCGUUGUUCCUGGUGCUAGCCUACUCGGAUAUAAUAAUCAUUGUACGUGCGCAGUGCUAAUGUCUAUGCCAGCGAAAAGUCAGGUAGCUCAAAUAAGACUGUCGCCAUGACAGCGGAGGAGACCAUUAACAUCAAAGAGGUGGAGGUGAUCAAGCUGAUGCUGGACUUCCUCAACUCCAGGAAGCUUCACAUCAGCAUGCUGGCUCUGGAGAAGGAGAGCGGGGUCAUCAACGGCCUUUACUCUGACGACAUGCUCUUCCUUAGGCAGCUGAUUCUAGAUGGCCAAUGGGAAGAGGUCCUACAAUUCAUUCAGCCUUUAGAAGGCAUGGACAAGUUUGACAAAAAGAGGUUCCGCUACAUCGUCCUGAAGCAGAAGUUUCUGGAGGCCCUGUGUGUAAAUAACGCCAUGUCAGCUGCUGACGACCCUCAGAAUCUGGAGCUGUCCAUGCAGGAAGCGGUCAGGUGUCUCCACAGCCUGGAGGUGUUCUGUCCCUCUAAAGAGGACUACAGUAAACUCUGCCUGCUCCUCACGCUGCCCUGCCUCACCCAACACGCUGAGUUCAAGGAUUGGAACCCCAGCACGGCCCGGGUGCACUGCUUCGAGGAGGCCUGUGCCAUGGUGGCUGAGUUCAUCCCUGCCGACAGGAAGCUGAGCGAGGCCGGGUUCAGGGCCAGCGGCAACCGCCUCUUCCAGCUGCUCAUCAAAGGAGUUCUGUACGAGUGCUGUGUGGAGUUCUGUCAGAGCAAAGCCACGGGGGAGGAGAUCACGGAGGACGAGGUGCUCUUGGGCGUGGACAUGCUGUGUGGCAAUGGCUGCGACGAACUCGACCUCUCCCUGCUCUCGUGGCUCCAGAACCUCUCGCCAGGUGCCUUCUCCUGCGCCUUUCAGCAGAAGACCCUGGCCAUCCACGUGGAUCGUCUGGUCAAGCCAACCAAGGCCGGCCACGCCGACCUGCUCACCCCCCUCAUCAGCCGGCUUUCCCCCUGUCCCUCCUCGCCCUUGCAGAGGCCCCAGUCAGCAGACACCUACAUGUCUCGGUCCCUGAACCCGGUGCUGGACGGGCUGUCCCAUGGCCUGGCGGCCCAGGCCCAGACCAAGAGGGGCACGGAGGGCAGCGUGAGACCGGCGCUCAGCCAAAGCAUGGUGGAGAAUAACGUGCACCAGCUGGAAGACGACUCGCCAGAGAGGAUUGUCCCACCGGUUCUGGUUCUGGCCUCCAGUGGACCAAAUGUCAUGCGCACCCCUCUGGCCCCCGGGACAGACGGUGAGCCGCCAAACGAGAAAGAGCAUGACAGUGAGCAGGUCCAGGAGUACUACAGGCAGAGGAAGCGUGUUCAGCAGCACUUGGAGCAGAAGCAGCAGCAGAGACAGCUGUACCAGCAGAUGCUGCUGGAGGGAGGGGUUCACACACAGGAGGGGCCAGAUGCCCAGCACAACCUCACUGAGAAGUUCCUCAACAGGUCCAUCCAGAAGCUGGAGGAGAUGAACGUGGGAAUGGACAAUGUGGGAGAGGGGGGGGUCCAGUCUGUGAGCCAGCAGUGUAACGGGACCCCUGGACCCAACUCUAGUACCCAGACCCAAGAGACAGGCCCUCUCAGGGACAAGCCGGGAGGGGUCAGCAGCACCCCUCUCAUGGCAGGGUCUCAGGGCAUGCCCUCCUUCGACGAGUCCCCCGUCCAGAACACUCAGAGUGAUCAAAGAAACAGGGCCACUCUGCCUACGCUUCAGGAUGAUUCGGGAGGCUCCCCGAUGCGCAACAAUUCUCAGAAGAUGGAGAAGUCCAAGGCCCAGUUUGUGGCAGUGAACAGUCUGGAGGACACGCAGGCGUUGCGCGCUGUGGCCUUCCACCCCACGGGGGCGCUGUACGCCGUGGGCUCCAACUCCAAAACCCUGCGCGUCUGUGCUUACCCAGACACCCUCAACACAAGUGGGUCAGGUCCAGUCAAGCAGCCGGUGGUGCGCUUCAGAAGGAACAAGCACCACAAGGGUUCCAUCUACUGUGUGGCCUGGAGUCACUGUGGACAACUGCUGGCCACAGGCUCCAAUGAUAAAUAUGUCAAAGUGCUGCCCUUCAACGCAGAAACCUGCAAUGCCACAGGGCCAGACCUGGAGUUCAGUAUGCAUGAUGGGACCAUCAGAGACCUGGCGUUCAUGGAGGGUCCUGAGAGUGGAGGAUCCAUCCUGAUUAGCGCCGGAGCCGGAGACUGUAACAUCUACACCACUGACUGCCAGAGAGGACAGGGGCUGCACGCUCUCAGUGGGCAUACAGGUCACAUCCUGUCUCUGUACACGUGGGGUGGCUGGAUGAUCGCCACGGGCUCCCAGGACAAGACUGUCCGCUUCUGGGACCUGAGAGUCCCCAGCUGUGUGAGGGUGGUGGGGACAGCCCUGCAUGGCUCUGGCAGUGCAGUGGCCUCGGUAGCUGUUGACCCCAGCGCUCGUCUCUUGGCAACGGGACAAGAGGACUGCAGCUGCAUGCUCUAUGACAUCAGAGGAGGCCGGAUGGUGCAGACGUACCGCCCACACACCAGCGACGUGCGCUCCGUCCGUUUCUCUCCCGGGGCACACUAUCUGCUCACGGGUUCCUAUGACAACAAAGUCAUCAUCACUGACCUGCAAGGUGACCUGACGAAGCAGCUUCCUCUGACGGUGGCGGCGGAGCACGGGGACAAGGUCAUCCAGUGUAGGUGGCACACGCACGACCUCUCCUUCCUGUCCUCCUCCGCAGACAGGACAGUCAAACUCUGGGCCCAGUGUCCAUGACACUGCUGGCUGGCACUGGGAACACUGGAAACCACUGUAGAAACUAUAGCUCUUAAAUCUGGUGUUACUGGGAACACUGGCCACCACAACGAGCACAACACACAGUCCACAUCCUAGGACAUACCUGCCCCUGUACCCCUCCACAAGGCUCUUAGAGGUGUGUGUUACAUGUAUGUAAUGCUGUGUGUUUACACUGGAUAUCACUGUUGUGUCAUUUAUGGCAAUGCUUUUAGCCUUUCUUUAGCAUCUGUGCCUCUUGCUAACAGUCGAGCUAUACAAAACCACCUUCAUUUGACUGUAACGAUACGGCGACACCACCUCUAUAGUCCUGUUGAAAAUAAUAUACUCAUCAAAUGCAUGUUAGCAUCAUAGUCUACACUCGCUUAAAGCACACCACAGUCCCUCCUGUUGUUUUCAUAUAGUCCAGUUUUUAGUUAGCUGUUCUGACGGAUGCAGAAUGCCUUAUUUAGUCCAUUCAAACCACAUUAUGUGAAUCAUAUGGUGCCUUGGGUAACAGUUUUGAAUUUUGAAUGUGCGGUGUACAUUUUCAGCUUCAAGAUGGAUGCAAGAAAGGAGGCCUUCAUAUCUAAAGCUUUAUCUUGACAUGUUCUUAUUUAACAGCUUGUAAAUGUUUUAGGAUUCAAAUAAUCUUGACAUAAAUUGUUGUUGGUAGUACUAUGCCACUUAUCAAAGAUCUCAAACUUGGGAAUACAUGGCGUUCUUGAAGUAUAAGAUAAUUAUAUCACAUGUUGUUGGAGGAUUGUGUUUGGGAUUUCAUCUGCGUGUGGAUUUUUGUAAAUGAAUUGUAUAAAUAUGUAAUGGAGAUUUUCUGUAAUAUUGUAACAAUUGUUAAUUACAUUUGAAUGAACAGUAUUUCAGUUGGGCUGAAGCGGGGGGGGGGCAGCGUAGCCUAGUGGUUAGAGCGUUGGACUAGUAACCAAAAGGUUGCAAGUUCGAAUCCCCGAGCUGACAAGGAACAAAUCUGUCGUUCUGCCCCUGAUCAAGGCAGUUAACCCAUUGUAGGCCGUCAUAGAAAAUAAGAAUUUGUUCUUAACUGACUUGCCUAGUUAACUAAAAGUAAAAUAAAAAGCUUGCUUGGAUGGUAAAUGAUAGACUGAGUUUUUAUGGUUGUUUUUGGACAGCAAUUAUGACUGAUGAAAAAGCACUUGCCCAUCUGUGGAGUGAUGUUUCGAGCUAUCGGAAAUUAAAUCCCGAUGCAUUUUUGGUGGCACUAAUUUCACUCCAUGGGGAAUACCUGUCAGCAGAGGAUAGGUUUUAACAGCACUGUAAUGUACUUUGUAAAAUGUGAAGCCUUUGCCUAGGCUAAAAGGUUUUUAUACACAUGCAUAGAAAUACAUAUUAGUGGAAAUGAACUUUGUCAUGUACCGUAUUAGAGUAAUGAGAGUAUCAACACUGCACAUUGGAGUACUUAGCUGUGUCAAAGUAGGACUAUAUGUAUAUAUAUAUACCCCUGCACAAGUAGUUCAAGGGUAUAAUAGUUAGUGAUUUUUGGUGUACUUAAAAGAUAAAUUAAAUGCAACUACGACAUCAAA